CGCAGCAGCAGCAUCAUCCGUGUCCUGGAGAUGAUGAUGAUGAUGGCUCCAGUCCUGCGCGGGGGCGCGCUCCUGCUCUCGGUGCUCGUGCACGCGGCGGCGGCCGCGAGCCUCAACGACACGACUUUUGCAGUGACUAUCAGCUCCUCCCUGAUUGGAGGGAGCCAGGAGACGUUGUGUGCCCUGGUCCAGAACCUUACGGAGCCCGUAACUCUGAACAUCGCCCUGGAGAUGGAGCCGACCAGCGGCGAGAUCGUGGACCAGUCGGUCAAGCAGGACUUCUACCGCUGCUUCAAGUUCCAGGUUCCUACCGUGGUCAGGGAAACCGUGGCAACCGUGAAUGUCAACAUUCGGGGUGAGAGCGGCAUUCUGAACAAGAAGAGCAAAGUCCUGAUUACACCUCCGUCUUUUAUCCACAUCGUCCAGACCGACAAACCCAUCUACAAACCGGGACAAACUGUCCAGUUCCGGAUUGUCUCCAUGGAUACCAGCUUCAUCCCUGUGGACCGCGUGUACAAAGAGGUGACUCUCACGGAUCCCAGUUCCAACCGCAUCGCCCAGUGGCUGGAUAAGGCCAUCGUCAACGGCAUCCUCGACCUCGCACAUCCCACAAUCCCCGAAGCUGACCAAGGGAGCUACCAGAUCACUGCCAUGACCGACAAAGGAGAGAUGAUCUAUCACCAAUUUGACAUCAAGGAAUAUGUUCUGCCAACGUUUGAAGUAAACGUGCACCUGCCUGAAGUGAUAACCAUCCUGGAUAAGGACGCCACGAUGAGGAUCUGUGGAAAAUACACAUAUGGGAAACCAGUUCUGGGUUCAGUGAGAGCAGAGUUUUGUAGACGUACCUUCCGGUAUUACUGGAUAUCACCAUCUGAUGAGGGAGACGUCUGCAAGACGUUCCUGCUGAAGACGGAUACGAGUGGAUGUGCCAAACAGGUGGUGGACCUGGCCGACUUCCACCUCCACAAGAGGCGGUACGACGACAAUUUUCACGUGUCUGCUGAACUGGUGGAGGACGGCACUGGGGUCAUUCUUAAAGGCUCUGGGAAGACCACCUUCACCAGUCAGAUGAGAACUGUCACCUUCCAGGAUGUACCUGAAGCGUACAAGCCCGGCCUCCCGUUUGACGGAAAGGUGAAAAUGGUCGGUCCAGACAGCAAACCUGUUUUCAAUGAGACGAUCCACCUGUUCGUUGAAAACAACGGAACCACUGAGUUGACGUUCACCACAGACCUGCGAGGCAUGGCUCUGUUUUCUCUGGACACCUCCCUGUGGACAGAUCGCAUAUCUUUGACGGCGCACUCUAAAAGCACGUUGGAUCACGGGCCGUACGACUACGAAGUGCGGAAACCGGAUUAUGACCGGGCCUUCCAUUCCAUCACACAGUUUUACUCCAAGAGCAGGAGUUUCCUGAAGCUCCUGCAGGUGGGCGAGGCGUUGGCCUGCGACAGAGACGCAGCGCUGCAGGCUCAGUACAUCAUCCAGGGGGAGGAGCUGAAGGACGGACAGGAGACCCUUGACUUCUUCUUCCUGGUUGUGUCCAGAGGUGCGAUCGUGCAGCACGGCAGUAUCCCAGCUGACGUCAAAGCAGGAAAAGUCAACCAAGGAGAGCUGACCAUAUCCCUGGGCCAGGUGACCAAGCUGGCACCGUUCGCCCAGGUGGUGGUUUACACGGUGAUGCCCGGCGGAGAGGCGGUGGCCGACAGCAAGGACUUCCCCAUCCAGCAGUGCUUGAGCAACAAGGUGUCCAUGAAGUUCUCCUCCGUCCAGACGCUUCCAGGAAGCUCGGUCAAGCUGACCCUGGAGGCGCAGCCGAGGUCCCUGUGCUCCGUCCGAGCCAUCGACCAGAGCGUCCUGCUGCUGCAGCCGGAGAAGGAGCUCACCGUCGAACACGUGUUCAACCAGCUGCCUGUCCAGAAGAUGUCGGGAUACAGAUACAUGAUCGAAGACUCUGACAGGUAUCCCUGCUUGCCGAACCGAUUUCCAUUUGUUCCUGAGCCUGUGCCGGAACUUGAACCUGCGCCGGAACUUGAACUUCUGCCAGAAGUUGAACUUAAACCAGUGACUGAAGUGGUACUUGAACUAGACGUCCCACCAGCAGACAAACCCCGGGCAAAGCGUUCCUUCUACUUUCCCAUGAACGAUAAGAAGGAUGAUGUCUACAGCGUCUUCAAAGAAAUCGGAAUAAAAAUGAUCACAAACUCUGAUGUGAAAAGGCCUAUUGAUUGCUUUCCAUAUGGAUUUGCGGUUCCUCAGGGUGUACUACUCUUUGAUUCCCCUGGUCUCGGGGGGCCUUCUGCGCGCAUGCCGGAAUUAUUAAGGAAGGACACAAAGGAGACAGUCAGAAAGUUCUUCCCUGAAACCUGGAUCUGGGACCUGGUUCCUGUUGGAGACACCGGGUCAACGAACGUGGACAAGACGGUACCAGACACCAUCACCAAGUGGGCGGGCGGGGCCUUCUGCAUCUCCCCCGCGGGCUUCGGCGUGGCCCCCAACGUGGGCCUCACCACCUUCCAGCCGUUCUUCGUCCGGCUCACGCUGCCCUACUCCGUCAUCAGAGGGGAGGUGUUCACGCUCAAGGCCACCGUCUUCAACUACCUCUCCUCCUGCGUCCGGGUGAGGGUGACGCUGGCCGACUCGGAUCAGUACACCGUCAAAAGCUGCGACGACUGCCUCUACGAAGUGUGUCUGUGCGGAGACGAGAGCAGGACCUUCUCCUGGGUCGUGACUCCAACUGAAAUCGGAAGUGCCAGUCUGAAGGUCAGCGCCGAGGCCCUCGACUCUGUCCAGCUGUGUGGCAACGAGGUGGUCACCGUCCCCGACGUGGGCCGGAUCGACACGGUGAUCCGCACGCUGCUGGUGGAGGCUGAGGGGACGCCACAGAUGGUCAGUCACAACGCUCUGCUGUGCCCUAAAGAUGGACCCGUGCAGAAGAGCAUCUCCCUCCAGCUGCCUGAGGAGUUCAUCGCUGGAUCUGCCCGGGCCUCCGUUUCCGUGCUGGGUGACCUGAUGGGCCGGGCCAUGAAGAACCUGGACAAGCUCCUGGCCAUGCCGUACGGCUGCGGGGAGCAGAACAUGGUGCUGUUCGCCCCCAACAUCUUCAUCCUCAACUACCUGAAGAGCACCGGCCAGCUGACCGACGCCAUCCUGACGAGGGCUAAGAACUUCCUGGAGAGCGGGUAUCAGCGGGAGCUCAAGUACAAGCACGACGACGGCUCCUACAGCGCCUUCGGGAAAAGCGACGGCUCUGGAAACACCUGGCUGACAGCUUUUGUGAUGAAGUCGUUCGGUGGGGCGAGACCGUACAUCUUUGUGGACGACAAGCACAUCAAUGUUGCCAGGGACUGGCUGACUGGACUCCAGAAAAAGGAUGGCUGCGUCGCGUCCGUGGGGAAGCUCUUCCACAACGGCAUGAAGGGUGGAAUCAGUGACGACGUGUCCCUGACAGCCUACGUCACUGCUGGCCUGCUGGAGCUGGACGGGAACACCACCGUGGAGGGGGUGCAGAAGGGCCUGGGGUGUCUGAAGGCGGCGGUCACCGAACAGAUGGACAACCUGUACACCACCGCCCUGUUCUCCUACACCUUCACCCUUGCCGGAGAUGAAGAAAUGAGGAGCAAGCUCAUCACCUACCUGCACCAGAAGUCCACCACAGAGGGAGGAACCCGUUACUGGCAGAGGGACGGUGCGUCCAAGAAGGGCCUGGACUCUCUGGAGGUGGAGAUGACGUCCUACGUGCUGCUGGCGCUGCUGUCCGGCCCGGUGCUGCCGGGCUUCGGUUUGGAUUACACCACCAGCAUCGUCCGCUGGCUCACGCAGCAGCAGAACCCGUACGGCGGCUUCUCCUCCACACAGGACACGGUUGUGGCCCUCCAGGCACUGGCCAAGUACGGCGCUGCCACCUACAGUCCGGACGGCCUCACUACGGUGAAGGUGACGUCUGCAGGGGGCUUGAACUUAGGGUUCGAGGUGCGGGAGGACAACAGGCUGCUGUAUCAGGAGGAAAAGCUGAGCGAGAUCCCUGGAGAGUACGUCAUCAGAGCCGAGGGACAGAGCUGCGUGGUGGCGCAGAUCUCCAUGCAUUACAACAUCCCACCUCCUGCCGACUUCUCCGCCUUCCUGAUCUCCACCAGCGUCGAGGCGAAGUGUAACGCCACCCGUCCAGUGCUCAGGCUCUCCAUCACUGUCAAGUACCAGGGAAGGAGAGAUGAGACCAACAUGGUCCUGAUCAACGUCAAGCUGCUGUCCGGAUACGUCCUGGACAAGAAGUCCCUCGACCUGCUGCAGCGUGAGCUCUCAGUGAAGCGCGUGGACGCGGGAGAAGGACUCAUGGACAUCUACUUGGACGGGCUGAAGAAGGACGAGACCAAGACCUUCAGCGUGACCCUGGAGGAGGACCAGAAGGUCCGGAACCUGAAAGCCGCCGUGGUCAAAGUGUACGACUACUACCAGACGGGCGAUGAAGCCGUGGCCGAGUACAACUCCCCCUGCGCAGAAAGUGACAGCGCCAACGAACUGUGAUUCCACUUCCUGUGCCGCUCCGACGAGAACAAGCUGCUGGAGAAACCGACAUCCAGGAGCCAGAUGCAUGGAACUCUGCAGCUUCAUCACCAAAACCAGUCAUAACCUGAUUAUCCAACUCACCGUGUUCAGUUACCGCAAAGGAGUGAUGAACCAACGCUGUCUUUUCUACAUCCAAACACGGUUCUACCCCCAUCAGGACUAAACAACCAUCGGGACUAAAUAAUAAUCGUACAAUCAGGACUUUUUCAACAGGGAAGACGAAGCAGAUGUGAUUAUAAACAGCUGACUGCCCAGAGGAAAAAAAUUAACAUUAAUUUCAGUUAAAACAGUAAAAUAUUGGAGAUUUAUUGAUCCAGAUGUUUCUGUGACGUAUGAUUUGAUCAGGGAAGCUGAUUCAUGGCCGGGUUGUCGGCUUUGUUUAUUUUCUUCUCCCUAUAAGAUAAAACUCUUUAUAAAUAAAUGUUGCACAGAUUUGCUGGUUUUUAAAUGUUCAAAUUAGGGCUGGGUGAUUUUGGACAAAAAUAAAAUCCCGAUUUUUUUUCUCUGAAAAC